GUUUGGGGACGAGUUGGUCCAUUGGUGCCCUGUGGAGUGUGGUGCUCUGCUCUCAUGCCUGUCACCCCACGCUUUCCGCUCACUCGUGGUGCAGCAGUGGACGCUGUGGUGGAAGGCAACGGCAGAGGGCUUGCAUUGCCAGCCGCCUGCACGUCGCCAUUGUCAAGCGGGAACUGGAUCCACUCCCAUGAGGGCCGAACGGUGGAGGAUGUUGACAACCACACGUCGCAUUCUUGUUGGUGGCAGAACGUGUGCGAGCGUACGUCUGCUUUUCCUGUGGGAAAUGUGGUUGUCGUUGAACAGAGGCCGUCCAAGCUUAAUCUUUGCAUGGCCUUCGCAGCACUGACAACAGUUGCGUUCGUGAUGUUAGUUAUGUUUUUGCUUUCCAUUUUGGUCGUCAUCAUAGCAUCUGGAAGGACCGGGGGUGGUGAAGGUAGCUCAUCGGGCAGCGCCGAAAGGGGGAAGACUGCUCGGGAUGCGUCGGAGGGAUCGAACAGCGGCACAAGAGCGAAGAGAAGUGCGUCGUGCAGGUUGAGAGAGAGAGACGGGACUGAUGAAUCAACCCAGACUCUUUCCAUUGCUAUGCGGGAGUCGACAACGACAUACUGCCAGGGGUUGGAGCAGGCAACGUGCACACUCGCGAGUGCAAGCUCGAAAGGAGCCGAGAUUGUGGGUGGCCGGAUAGGGGAGAUGGUAGGAAAGAUCGGGGUUGUGGCUGACGCGAUGGUGGGUGGAAAUGCGGUGCUUGCGCAGCUUGUGAGGGUUCUGGCAGCUCGGACCCAGGGAAGUCGACGGGCGGGCAAUUCUGACUAGGAUGUUUUUGUGACAGCCGCAACAUA